GCCUGCCUGAGUCAGUCAGUCCAGCGGUUAAAACACGGUCACUACUCCUGCUCUCUCUCCUUGUGGGAUGUUCACCCAGCAUGUUUAUGGUGCGCACCGGCUGAGCGCAACGCUGGUACUCGUGUAACUCCGCUCUGUCCCGGGAUGAGACCUCACCAGCGGCUGUGAGACGAGCUCCACGUCGCACACACCUGCGGCUGGCUGGCUGGAUGGAAACAGAUGGAGCGACGACGAGACCCAGCCGCUUGCUUCACCUCCUCUCGUGGUCCACGCUUGUAAGCUGAUUUAACCCGGGUUGGAUGUGAAUACCUCUCCGGGAGAUUAGCAGGUUACCGGGUGAUUCGACAAUGCCCCGCGGCUCUCCAGUAGCUGCGUGUUCAUCCUCUGCUGCUGCUGCUGCUGCUGCUCCGGUGUGGAGAGGAUAAUAUGACUCCCUGGCUCCGCACAUACGGCAGCGCUCCUCUGUGUCUCGUGCUCUGCUGCUCGGUGCUCGCUGUCUGCGCACGAGCCUCCAGUGCCGGUGACAGUGUGUGUUGGUCUCCCGGUAUCACUUCUUGCACAGAGUGUCUCAGACGUGGACCACAGUGCGCCUGGUGCUUCAAGGAGGGCUUUCUGGAUGGGGCGGGGCCGAGCCAGCGCUGCGACCUGCCGGUGAAGCUGCUCAGGAGAGGCUGUGGACCAGAGUUCAUGGAGCAGUCAGAGGUCAAGGUGGAGGUCGACGCCACCGGCAGCAGCACACAAGUGUCCCCACAAGACAUCAGCGUCACCCUCAGACCAGGUUCAGAGGCCAGCGUCGUGGUGGCUGUGAAGCAGCUGGAGCGUUAUCCUGUGGAUCUGUACUACCUGGUUGAUGUGUCGGCGUCUAUGCAGGAAAACCUUGAUCAUUUGAAGACGGUGGGUGUGGCGCUGUCUCUUCGAAUGACGGAGCACUCCUCGGACCUUUGGCUGGGUUUCGGCUCGUUUGUGGACAAACCCGUGUCCCCUUACAUCAACGUACAUCCCUCCAAGAUCAACAACCCCUGCAGUGAUUAUGAGAUCCGCUGUCGUCCGGCCCACGGCUUCCACCACGUCCUGAGCAUGACCGCAAACAUGAGCGAGUUCACGCGUGUGAUCAAACGCCAGCGCAUCUCAGGAAACAUGGACACGCCUGAGGGAGGAUUGGAUGCUAUGCUGCAAGCUGCCGUCUGCCAGAGAUCGGUGGGGUGGCGACCGGAGGCCAAGCGUCUGCUGCUCCUGAUGACCGACCAGCCGUCUCACCUCGCCCUGGACAGCCGGCUGGCGGGGAUCGUGACGCCACACGACGGCCUGUGUCACCUGGAAAACAACGUUUACACAGGGAGCACGAAGAUGGACCAUCCCAGUGUGGGUCAGUUAUCAGAUAAGCUGCUUGAAAACCAUAUGUACUCCAUCUUCGCUGUGGAGAAGCAGCAGUACCAGUGGUACGAGGAGUUGGUACGUUUGCUACCCGGAUCCUACCUGGGGAAGUUAGGCCUCUUCCAGGCUCCGAACCUUAUAGAGCUGGUGGUGGAUGCAUACAAGAGGUUGUUGUCGGAGGUGUCGGUGUCAGUGUCAGUGGAGGACAAGGCAGUCAGCAGGUACUGGGUGUCUGUUUCUCCUCUCUGUCCCAAUGGAUCCACUGUGAAGGACCAGACCUGCUCGGGGGUGCAGCCCGACCAGACGGUUUACUUCAAUAUCACCAUUGGGAUGCGCUCUUGUCCUGACGACGGUGAAGAUGAAGAUGUAACGGUGAUGGUUCGACCUGUGGGUUACAACGAAUCCACCGUCAUUAGGAUCCACUCUAAAUGCCGCUGCAGUUGUGGACCAACGAGGCACUGCAAUGACGAGAACCAAUCAUCAUGCAGAGGAAGCCCCAAUCAGGAGCAGAGGCCGGUUCAUGGACUAAUGAAGGACUCAGACAGAGAUUCAAACUGGAAUUGCAGAGCGGACGGGUCUGAUGUGGACUGCAGUGGUCGGGGAGUGUGUGAGUGUGGGAGGUGUGUGUGUGAGCAGACCAGACUUGGGACAGUAUAUGGGAAAUAUUGCGAGAUAGACGACUUCUCCUGCCCGUACGAAGGGGGACUGCUGUGUGGAGGGCGUGGUGUGUGCGUGUCAGGUGAGUGUGUGUGUGAAGACGACUGGACAGGUGAUAGCUGUGGUUGUCCCGUCUCCACGGUAACCUGCCAAUCAGCCAACGGCCUGGUCUGCAGUGGGCGGGGCAGAUGUGUGUGUGGCAAAUGUCUGUGUGACGACCCCCGACGCUCUGGAGACUUCUGUGAGAGAUGUCCUGCUUGCCAAAGCACCUGCCAAUCAUACUGGAAGUGUGUAGACUGCCACCUGGCUCACGGUCUCACAGAAAAAGAGGCAGGACACUGCAACGACACCUGUGCAUCAUUGGUGGACUACAUGGACGAUGUAUCAGGCCAAGCAGGGGAGAUGUGGAUUCAGUGUAUGUACAUCAGUAAUGACAGCUGUCGCUAUCGGUUUCAAACAAGCUCACAGUCUGGUCAGCCCCAGCUUCACAUAAGCACCAGACCAGAGUGUGCCAGCAACAGCCGGCUAGUAGGAACAUUCCUGGGUGUGUGUGCUCUGACGGUGCUGUGCGGGCUGGUGGUGGUGGCCGUGUCCCGGUUGCUGCUACAGAAGAGAGGCCUGUCACCACGGGACGCUGCUGAGGAUGGAGGCUAUCACUGCACUGGAAAGGACCUGUCAUUCAUCCCAACAACCAAUGAGAAGACAGUUACCUACAGGAGGGACCGUCCACCUGACCGUCCCGUGGAGAUGCACAUCCAGAUUUCCAAGAUGCCCCUGGGUGACCCCUGGCAGUGCUAGGAAAAGAUCAAAGGUCAAGGUUAGAAGGAAGUCAGUAGAGACAUAUAGAAGGAGAGUCAACUAAAGGCUUCUUUUCUGCCUCUAAACCUUCCUAAAACUUCAACCAGCUGCAUGCAGAGACUCUGAUAAUGAUAAACUAAACUAUGAAACCUCACAUGGAUCACAUUUGUAAAAAUGAACUGACCAAACUCUCAUCGACUGUGUGACUAAUGUGGCCAGUAUCCUGGAAAUCGAGAUGAAACAAAGAGCACAUGUCCCCCACCUCUUCUUUCUCUGUAGCAGCAGGGAGGCUGCUUCCUCCGCAGGGUAAAAGGUGAUCAUUCCUCGCUUUUUAGUCAUUCAGCAAACAUUGCUCUAAAUUAUGAGUGUGUGUGUGUGUGUGAGAGAGAGAGAGAGAGAGAGAGAGAGAGAAAGAGUGUGUGUGGUGCAGGUAGAUGCAUUUAUGCUCUAUCUAGGCUUUCUAUUUAUGAUUUUAUAGUAAAACACUACAUGUUUUUCGGUGUAUGUGAUUGUGUGACACUCCAACUGAACUAUCUCCCUGUCUUAGUCUGCCCCCGUGUGGCCAGCUUGAGGUACGGCAUUUGUAUCUCCAAUAAUACUGUCAACACAUUACUGACCUCAGCUGUACUGCCUUGGGAUUUAAUUCACAAAGCACACCAAUGACUAUGUAUGCCUGUUUAAUUGUUUUCAUCUGUGGCAUACCUUGUCUUCUAGUUUAUUUGUUGCAUUUUGUUUUUGUUAACCAAUCAACUGCAAAUUAGUGUUACAUUAUGGCAUUUUUCUAUAAGUGAGAAUAUAGUUUCAUGUGUUUUUGAUAAUCCGGUUAGACUUGCACUUGAACAAUUGUUUUGCAUUAUACUACUGAAAACGGUGGGGCAUGAGAGCUGUGAUGGUGGGUUUGCUAUAUGAUGGGCAUUAAAAUGCAUCUAUCCAAGUGCAUUUGAAGCUAAUGUAACAAAUCCACAACACUGGAAUAACAAUAGACUGAGAAAUCAUAUUUUAAAAAAAAAGCAACAUACUGACAAUUAAUGGCAAACGCAUCAUCAAACGCCUGCACAUGUGGCGUCUAUCACCAGAACUGUGUCUGCAUGCAUGUGCUGAUCAUCCCAGAGCCAUUACUGACCAGUUGAGACUCCUGUUCAGAGGUACGAAUCAGCUCUGAAGGUACUGAGGUCAGAGGUGGAGUUACACUCCUCGUGCACUAGACCCUCUCGAUCCAGAGCGCCAGUUGCAUUUUGGGAGACUUUCGCUUGUCCUGUUCCUCUUUUUGAAUCUUAUUUAACACAAUGUUGUUUACAGCAAUAGCUGCUCUCUUUUACUGUAAGUCAGGAACACUAAUUUUUAUUUAUUGUGAUUAUUUUCUUUUUAUUUAUGUUAAUUGUGCUAUUUUAUGAUACUUUGGUGGGUUACAGGUAGUGAGUACUGUUUGUGUUUAUGAAGAGCGGUCUCUCUCUAUCUCUAACCAUGAGAAUAAUUCAGCAAUAAUCAUCUCAUCUAACCGGGCCCUGAGUUCGGAGUAACAACAGCACUUUUUCUGUGUAGUUUUGCUGUCAAAUAAUGUGACUAGUUGUGUAGCAUGAAUGUUUUCAUCAACAAUAAAAUGUGCAAGAUUUUUUUUAAUUA